GAAGAUUUAGUGGCUGACACAUGUUGUACACUUCCUCCCCGCGAGCCUUUUCUCAGUGCAAGAAAUAAAGAAACAAAAGCCCACCUCCGCAAAGACCUCCACACUGGAAUACUGGACCGAGGAUGACAAGAAACGGACCGUCAGAAAGUAGAGCACGUUCCCUGAGACAUGAGGGAAGAAUUUGACUGGAAGAGGUGGAUAUGUUGACACUUUUAAAGCUGCAUGAGAGAAGGCUUGAGUCAAAACUAACUUUGCUGACGGGGCCAAAAGAGUGAGGGAAGGGGUGAAAGUGGGUUAAUGUCGUGUGAGGGGACAGGAGGGGUGGACCCACAUGUACGGUGCAGGAAUGAACAUCACCCCAGCUAUGGCACCUCUGUCUCCAGGGCUGAGCAGCACCCCGCCACUGGCCUCCCUGUCGCCUGUGAAGACCACCUUUCAGUCUCUGGGGUCUCUGUCACAUGGAAUGUUUUACCCCUCACUUUCCAAGGGCUCCUCUGGCCAAGGGAAGUACUCCUCCUCGAGCCCCUUGCUGUCCUCCACCCACUCCAUUAUGACAUCCCCAAAGCUGUGGCAGAAAUCAUCUAUCUCAAGGCUUGCAGAGGAGUUUUUCUGGAUUGGUGGCAGUGUGGUUGCACAGCCUAAAUGGAGAUUGGGCCAGAUAGUGGAGAGGUGCAUGUGCACCAUGCAGACCGGCACCCAGAUGACCAAACUGAAGGGGAAGAAGAAAGGACUGGUCCGAUUCUUUUACUUGGAUGAACACAAGUCCUGCAUUCGGUGGCGGCCCUCCAGGAAACAUGACAAGGCUAAAAUAACUAUCGAUUCCAUCCAUGAAGUGUGCGAGGGGAAGAAGUCAGAGAUCUUCCAGCGGUACGCAGAGAACCGCUUCGACCCCAACUGCUGCUUCAGUAUUUACUACGGGGAGCGUGUGAAGUCUCUUGACCUCGUCUCCACCAACGGAGAGGAGGCCCGCACCUGGAUCACUGGACUCAAAUACCUCAUGGCUGGUAUCAGUGAUGAAGACAGUUUGGCCAGGAGGCAACGCACCCGUGAUCAGUGGUUACAACAGACCUUCUCCGAGGCUGACAAAAAUGGGGAUGGCGCUCUAAGCAUGGGAGAGGUUCAUCAGCUCCUCCACAAACUCAACGUGAACUUACCAAAGCAGAAAGUCAGAGAGAUGUUUCAAAAAGCAGACACAGAUGAGAACCAGGGCUCACUGGCAUUUGAGGAAUUCUGCUCUUUCUACAAGAUGAUCUCCACACGCAGAGACCUCUACCUGAUAAUGCUCUCCUAUAGCAAUCAAAAAGAAUUCAUGGAUCUAAAUGAUUUUGCCCGUUUUCUGGAACAUGAACAGAAGAUGGCAGGUAUAACCAGGGAACAUCUUGUCGAGAUUGUGGCCCAGUUUGAGCCGUGUCCUGAGAACCUGCAGCGUAUGGUGCUGGGCAUAGAUGGUUUUACAAAUUACAUGCGGAGUCCUUCGGGUGAUAUCUUCAACCCGCUGCACAACCAAGUGAACCAGGACAUGUCCCAGCCUCUGUGUAACUAUUUCAUCGCCUCAUCCCACAACACCUACCUGACAGGAGACCAGCUGCUCUCCCAGUCCCGAGUGGACAUGUACGCCUAUGUUUUACAGGCUGGCUGUCGCUGUGUGGAGGUGGACUGCUGGGAUGGACCAGAUGGGGAGCCCAUUGUGCAUCACGGUUACACCUUGACGUCAAAGAUCCUCUUCAAAGAUGUCAUUGAAACAAUUAACAAAUAUGCCUUCACGAAAUCACAGUAUCCAGUGAUCUUGUCUAUAGAGAACCACUGCACUGUGCCUCAGCAGAAGAAGAUGGCUCAGUAUCUAACAGAGGUGCUACAGGAAAAAUUAGACCUGUCUCACGUCAACAUUAAUGAAUGCAAGAAGCUGCCCUCCCCUGAGAUCCUGAAAGGAAAAAUCUUAGUCAAGGGGAAGAAGCUCCCAGCAAACCUUGAUGCUGAUGCAGAGGAGGGGGAUGUGUCUGAUGAAGACACUGGAGAGGAGGAAGAAGAGGAUGAGGAUGAGGAUGGUGAUUUAGAGGGUGAGAAUAGUACCAUUACCACUCAACCCAAAAAGAAAGCACGAUUUGGCAGAUCCAUCCUGAGGAGCUUCAAACGUAAGAGGAAAAAGAGAAUCCGUGUGAGAAGGAAGGUGAUGUCUGAUGGAGAAUCAGAGUACGGCAGCAGCAAGGAACGGACACAAAUUGUUUACCACACCAAGAAGAGGAAAACAAUGAGGUUGUCCCGAGCUCUGUCUGACCUGGUCAAGUAUACAAAAUCAGUCCGUGUGCAUGACAUAGAAACACAAGCUUAUGCAAGCAGUUGGCAGGUAUCUUCCCUAAAUGAGAGUGUUAUGAACCAGAUUUUACAGCUGAAGCCAGCUCAGCUAGUCCGUUUCAACCAGCGCCAACUUCUAAGAGUCUACCCUUCCAACUACAGAGUUGAUUCAAGCAACUUCAACCCACAGCCAUACUGGAAUGCGGGAUGCCAUAUGGUUGCAAUGAAUUAUCAAACAGAGGGCCGGAUGCUUGAACUGAACCGAGCCAAAUUUUCAAGCAACGGCAACUGUGGAUAUAUUCUGAAGCCCAAGUGCAUGUGUAAAGGUGCCUUUAAUCCUAUAUUAGAGGAUCCUCUACCAGGACACAGAAAGACUCAGUUAGUUCUGAAGAUCAUCAGUGGACAACAGCUUCCCAAACCCAAAGACUCAAUGUUUGGAGACAGAGGAGAGAUUAUUGAUCCUUUUGUCGAAGUUGAGAUUAUCGGUCUACCUGUGGACUGUGCCAAGGAGCAGACCAGGGUGGUGGAUGAUAAUGGAUUCAAUCCCAUGUGGGAGGAAACCCUUGUCUUCAAUGUUCACAUGCCACAGAUCGCCCUGGUGCGUUUCCAGGUGUGGGAUCAUGAUCCCAUUGGACGAGAUUUCAUUGGACAGAGGACUAUAGCUUUUACCAGUAUGAUGCCAGGUUACCGACAUGUGUACCUGGAGGGCAUGGCGGAGGCAUCCAUCUUUAUUCACGUUGCUGUAAAUGAUAUAACAGGAAAGGUUAAGUCUACAAAUGCAGUAACUGCAGCCAAGAAACACAUCCAAAAAGCAGCCCAGAAACAUAUCAAGGCUCAUCAACGGCAGCCUUCUGUGGACUUGUCUAUCCAGUCCUCAGAAGAUGGACGCCAGCUGCACUUCCGCAGGGACAUGGAUUCCUUCUCUCAGGACAGCAGGAAUGGGGAAAUGUCUCCCCUAGUAUUAGGGCCGGCAGCCAAGGCUGCUUUCCACAAAGGAAUCAUGAGUGAGCCAGUGAGACGUGCUCACAGAGUUAAAAUCAACGAAUCACCAGAGACAAGGAAGGGGAUCCUCCGCCGGAUGUCCUCUACUGUCUCCAACUCAGGGGUGGUGGUUCCAUGUGUGAAAGGGGAAAGCUCUGACCUCGAGACCUCUUCCCAGGCCUCUUGUCCUGAUAGUCCUGUUUUUGAAAGCCAAACUCCAUUUGAAGCAGAGUUGGAGAGUCAACCUAAAGCCCAACAGCCAAAAUGGGUAGACCAUCAGAACCCUGUUCAGACAUUUGAACCCAAGUGGCCUGAGCCAGCUGAGGAAUUAGCAACUGAACCAAAGCAAGAUAAUGAAAUUGUUCCUGAACCUCAGUUAGAAUCAGGAGCUCAGACUGAUUCAGUCCCUCAGCCCGAAACUAUGAUGCAGCCUCUGCCCAAGCUUGAAGCCAAAUUCUUUCCGCUUAUCCCUCCAUCGUCCCCUGCAAGGGUUAGACGGACCUUGGAGACUCCAGCCAACCCACGCCCAUCCAGCCCCAUAUGCAGAAAGGCCCGGUCGUGCAGUUGCCCACGAAAACAGACUACCUCUCCCCAGACACCAAUGAUGAACCGUAAGCCUGCUUCCAACUGGCAGCCACAGCCUGCGCAAAACUAUGGCAGCUACAGCAACCAGGUGAAGCCUAUACCCAAUGGUCUCUGCCUGUCUGACAGUGCAUCCAGCAGCAACGGCAGCAUCAGCAGUCUGGACUUUGUGCCACCCUGUGUGCCAACUGGUGGAGAGCAGCGUGAGGGCACUUUGCAGAGGGAGAUGAAUGCUCUUUUUGACCAGAAGAUCAAAGAGAUCCGCUGUAAAUCGCCACUUUUUAUGAACGAUCAUGCUACAAUUUGAAUAAGUGACUGCAAGGAUACCAAGGUCUUAGAAAAGAAGAAGACAAAGAAGAAGGAAAAACAACAACAACAUCAACAACAACACAAACAAGUGACAGGAGGAAGUGGAAGAUCAAAAAGAAUUGAAAGACAACACUAAUGAAGGGAAAAUAUAUUUCUAUUCAUACACAUAAAUUGGUAAAACAUUACAUAGAUGUUCAACAAAUGUUCAACAUUUUCCUUGCUAGAAAAAGAUAAAGCAAAAGUACACAAUUAGACUGUCUUUAUUAUUUUUAAAACUACUGUAAUGUUUACAGACAACAGUAUUUGACAUGUGAAAUGAUAUUUUUAUAAAUGUGACAGUAACAAAAACAUAUUUUUGUACUGUUAAAAAAAACAGAACAGUGGAUUCUGUUUUUCAUAUUGCUGAAACUGUGUGACGCCAUUGCCAACAGUACAAAACUGGACGGUAUAAAAGUAUACUGCAAAGUCAUAAAAAACUGCAACUUUAGAAAGUACAAAGUAUGUAUAAUACUACUUGUUACUCAGAUAAUCCCUUUUCACAUGUAAACAUGUAUCAUAUUAACAAUGAUUUUAUAACACUCAUCUAUAAUUCAUGCUUUUUCAUUGCAAUUAUAUAGGUCAUACUUCUAAGUUAAUAAACUGUUUUUUU